GCUUCGGUGCUGCGCGGCCCGGCGGGAGCGGCGGCGGCUCCGGGGGCGAGCGGCUCCGAUGGCUCAGGACAGCGCCGCCUGCGGGGGGGUCCCGCCCGAGGGCAAGCUCCCCCUGGCGGCGGCGCGGCGGCGCGGCGGCCGCAAGCGGCAGCGCUACGUGGAGAAGGACGGCAAGUGCAACGUGCAGCACGGCAACGUGCGGGAGACCUACCGGUACCUCACCGACAUCUUCACCACCCUGGUGGACCUCAAGUGGCGCUUCAGCCUCCUGGUCUUCAUCCUGGCCUACGCCGUCACCUGGCUCUUCUUCGGCCUCAUCUGGUGGUUCAUCGCCUACUGCCGCGGCGACCUGGAGCACCUGGAGGACCACGCCUGGACCCCCUGCGUCAACAACCUCAACGGCUUCGUCUCCGCCUUCCUCUUCUCCAUCGAGACCGAGACCACCAUCGGCUACGGGCACCGGGUGAUCACCGACAAGUGCCCCGAGGGCAUCGUGCUGCUGCUGCUCCAGGCCAUCCUGGGCUCCAUGGUCAACGCCUUCAUGGUGGGCUGCAUGUUCGUGAAGAUCUCCCAGCCCAACAAGAGGGCAGAGACCUUGGUCUUCUCCUCCCACGCCGUGGUGUCCCUGCGGGACGACCGCCUCUGCCUGAUGUUCCGCGUGGGGGACCUGAGGGACUCCCACAUCGUGGAGGCCUCCAUCAGGGCCAAGCUGAUCAAGUCCAAGCAGACGCAGGAGGGAGAGUUCAUCCCCCUGGACCAGACCGACCUGAGCGUGGGCUUCGAGACGGGGGACGACCGGCUCUUCCUCGUGUCCCCCCUCAUCAUCAGCCACGAGAUCGACGAGCGCAGCCCCUUCUGGGACGUCUCGAGGCACCAGCUGGAGAAGGACGACUUCGAGAUCGUCGUCAUCCUCGAGGGCAUGGUGGAGGCCACGGGGAUGACGUGCCAGGCCCGGAGCUCCUACCUGGCAGACGAGGUGCUGUGGGGGCACCGCUUCACCCCCCUGCUCAGCCUGGAGGAAGGUUUCUACGAGGUGGACUACGGUGGCUUCCACCACACCGUGCCCGUGCCCACCCCGGCCUGCAGUGCCCGCCAGCUGGCCGCCGCCGCUGCCCGCCGCGAUGCCCACCUCUACUGGUCCAUCCCCAGCCGCCUGGACCAGCCGCUGGAGGAAGCAGCAGUGGGAGGGGGGGAGCCUGAUACCCCCCCCCGGCCUGACACCCCCAGCCCAGGCACCCCUGAAACCCCUGACACCCCUCGGGAGAGCAAUGGCACCUUGGCCAGCCCUGAGGAGCGGUGAUGGGCAUGGGGGUGGGCAUGGGGGUGCUGGGCACCCUGCUGCUCCCCACUGUAUUAUAAUAAACCCAC